AUGCCUCCCAAGCGUCAGAAUUUCACCGGUUUGACUCCGAUUCAAAAAUAUGAGCUUUGCAAGCUACGGGAAAGGCAUCCAAAGAUGAAAUUGUCGGAAUUUGCACUGCUUGCCGAUUGCCCAAAAAGAAGCGAUGGGAGCCCACUAGCACUCUCUAGUCUUUCGGACCAUUUGAAGGAUUGGAAGAAGCGUGCAAACGCCGGUCCACCUGAUGGUCCAAAUGCGAAAAAACAGAAACUGCGAGCUGCAAAUUUUCCAAUUUUAGAGCAUUUUUUGAGCCUUUGGAUAGACGCAGCCGAGUCUCAGCGUGUCCCGGUUACCGACGAUGUAAUCCGCUCCCAAACGAAGAUAAUUCAGAGCCAAUUGGUACAAGCUGCAGUAAACGAAAACUACGAAAACUUUGAGCUAUCAUCGGGUUGGCUAGCCAAUUUCAAAACACGGUUCAACAUCGGUAGAUUAAAAAAUUAUGGUGAUGCACCAACGAUCGAUGAAUCCAUGCUACCUAUUUGGAGACGCCAAAUAGCAGAGCAGCUGGCACCGUUUGCUGAAAAUGAUCGUUAUAAUUGUGAUGAGAGUGGAUUAGUCUACAAUAAACAGCCUAAAACAUCGAAUGUGCAUAAAGAGAAGGGCAAACUUAUUGCGGUAGGAGGAAAGGAUGAUAAGCUUCGGAUUUCAACUUUUCAUAUUGUUAAUUCAACUGGAACGGAUAAGAGAAAGCUAUGGGUGGUUGGUCGUGCCAUGGAGCCUCACGCAUUCAAAAGAAACCGAAUCAAUACUGGAAACCUACCAGUUAUCUAUCGCAGCAAUAAGAAAGCAUGGAUGAUUACCAGCUUAUGGUUCGAAUUCCUGCGCAAUUUGAAUGUAGAGAUGCGAAUUGAAAGACGACAUAUUGCAUUGGUAACCGACAACUGUCCUACCCACCCCGAUCCAGCAAAUCCACCACUCAAUUGGACUGGACCUACUCCACCAGAGUUGACAAACGUAACUCUAGUAUUCCUUCCACCCAAUACAACAUCUAUUUUACAGCCCCUCGAUCAAGGUAUUAUCAGAUCAUUCAAAGCAGCAUAUCGUCGGAGAUAUGCAGAUAAUAUGGUUCAGCACUUCAAUCUACACGCCAUACGACCAGACAAAAUUGAUAUACUACAGGCAAUAUAUCUGAUGUCCGAUGCAUGGGAUUCAGUAACGAAGGAAACGGUCAUCCGUUGCUGGAAGAAGGCAAAUAUCUGCGGAGAGAAUGACUUGAAUGGGCCUGACAACUGCCAAAACAUGAAUCCCAACAUCGAACAAGAUUUUGAAGAUCACCAUCAACACUUCAUUGCUCGAGAGAGAAAUUACUGUCAUAUCGCAAUGCGGGAAAUCUUUGAACAUCCUUCAAUUCAACGACCCGAUCCUGAUUUCCCACCUGCCUUCGAAGAAUUUUUCAAUUACGAUGAAGAUAAUGAAGAACCAUUGCCAAAUGAUGAACUGAAAUUCCCUGAUGCGGCCGUGAUUGUUCAAAGAGGAAUUGCAGAAGGUAUUCUCUUGAAAAACCCUGAUGAGCUCGACAGAUUCCUAUCAGCGGAGAAUACAAGUCAGUUGGACGAUGGAAGCAUAUCAGACUCCGAAUCAUCAGUUACAACAGCAGCCGUACCUCAACCACUUCCAAUUAUAACAAUUGACGGUGCAAUUCAUUAUGCCAAUGAGCUCACUCGGUAUCUUCAAUCGAUGAAGAUCACUGAACUUUACACACCGAGUGGUAAAGAGUUAUCUGUAUCAGAAUUAUCAACCAAAACCGUUGAGCUCCGCAAUGCACUCUUCAGGCACAAAGCUACCUCUAACACCCGGCAAACCUCAAUCAAUAACUUCUUCAAACCGGCUCUUCUUGUUGUUCCAGGGUCAUCAGUUAUCAAUUCAGAUUAUAUUAAUUUGCACUACCCAAUGGAGCCGAGUGACUACAUAGAUGAAAGACAGAGUAACUGUGUCCCAACAGUUUGGAGGUCCAGCAGCGGAGGAGAAGGUAGUAGCGAACUGGAGAACAUGUACCGUAGACUUCUAGAAUGA